UUCAUAGUUUUUAACGCGCGCAGGGGCGGAGCCACUAGUUUUUAUAAAAUUUCAAAAUUGGACUCAUCUAGAUCUCUUCGCGACGACCAAUUUUUCACGAAAACUCUUUCCGAAAAGUUCGACGAAAAAAAGUUAUAUCGCAAAAUAUGGGUCUUUCAAUUUUCAAGAAUCUUUUGCGGCCAAACUCGUUCGAAAAAAUUGUUAGACGUUCUAGAGAAGCUUCUGACUGGUCUAAAGAAAAUUUUAAAAAAUCGGCCAGCCUAUGUUUUUUCAAAUUAAUAUAGCCGCCAUUUUCUGCUCAAUUCGACUGGACUAUAAGUGAAGCAUGUAAAUACAUGGACGUAUAAAAUAUAGGGACGGAGCACAAACCCUCUCAUCUGGCAACGCGUAAGUAAGGGGGGUGACGUGAACUGCGCAUGAGCCUUCCACUACUCCGGUGGACGCUUGAUGAUUCGUUGGCGAGUUUUGUUGUGCUAAAUCAAAUAUCAGUUCUGUGUAGUAUCCAUGCUGGCAUACUUGUUAAAUACGUAGAAAAUGGGUUUACACGGAAAAUGUAUUCUGAAAAAUUGUAAAAAUGCACGGAGAUUUAGUAAAAAAAGUGGCUUAUCAUCGUUUUCCAAAAGAUAAACAAAGAAGGCAGCAAUGGGCUACAGCACUACACUUAAACCAAUACGAAGUAACAGAUGACCAUCGAGUCUGUUCAGAUCAUUUUUUUGAAAAAGAUUUCGACAACAGUUUAUGCGUAGUGAGGCUGCGAGAAAGUGCGGUUCCAUUUGUGAGUAAAAUUGUCACAAAUAUCUCUGAGAGUGGCCUAACAUAAUUUUUUUAUUUAUUCCAAACGUGAUGGUAAAUGCAAGUAAAUGAUUGUAGUGUUUAUAUUCUUUGCUUUCAUAAAUGUAUGAAGUAUUGGAAUCAAUGAUCGAACAAUGCAAUUCAAAGUAAUUCAAUAACUCUUUAGGUUUUCCUAUCUAUACCUUGUUAGAUAAAAGAUCAUUCCAUCUUUCUGAUUUUAUAGUUCCUUCUUACCUGUUCUUCACCAUUCUAUUAUUCCUUUUUCCUUACCUUUGUAUAAUACACAUAUAGAUGCUACCAUCAUUUCUAUGCACUUGUACGAGUAGUUUACGAAUUUUCGCAUGAUUUUGUUUUGUCACCUGCAUAGCUGAAUGUGAUUUUCGUCUAAUGAUUUUUCGACAAUAACUUAAAUUGUGCAUUCUUCAUUUCAGGAGACCUUUCAAAUAUCGACUGUGACACCAACUGUGUGACUGUGCUAUAUAUUAAUUGUACGUACAUAUGGAAUUUUCCCCCCAAUAAAUAAAUUUGACUUUGAA